AUGUUCUCCUGCUUCUUCUUCCACUUCCUGGAUAAACAUAAAACCUUUAAUCAGGUAUGGUUCCAACAAAUGUUUCUGUUUUGCUUUGCGUGGGCUUAUGGAUCGCAUUUACAAGUCAAAGGCAUUAAACAUUUCGAUAGCAUGAUACGGAAAAUUCUUUAUGGUGCCAAUGAGAACUAUCCGCGACCUAAAUACUUCUCCCUAAAUCGAGGACAAAUGUUUCCCGAAAAACUGACCCUUAUGGAUUAUCGUUUCGAUGAACAAGAAAAUUGGUGGACAUGGCAAAAGUCAGGUGACGAUCCCACAGCUGUCACAUCAUUAUUUCCAGAGGGAGCUCAAAUCAGUGAACUAAUCGUACCAACCAAUGAGUCUGGUUAUCUAACAUAUUGGCAAGAAUUUUGCUUAAAUUUGUCAUAUCCUAUGCUGGUUAUUGGUCCUACCGGCACGGGAAAAAGUGCUAUAUUGACGAACAAUUUAAUGGCGUUACCCAAACAAUCGAAUAUGAUUAACAUCAUUAACUUUUCCGCAAGAACAUCGGCGCAAUUGGUACAGGAUACGGUUAUGGCGAAAUUGGAUAAACGCAAAGGUGUCUAUGGUCCACCCGUGGGGAAAAAAUGUAUUGUGUUUUGUGAUGAUGUUGCGAUGCCCAGCAGAGAUACCUAUGGAUCUCAACCACCGCUGGAAUUAGUGCGCCAAUGGCUAGACCAUGGCUAUUGGUCUGAUUUAACCGAUACAAGCAAAAUUGACUUAAUUGAUAUGUGUUUUAUCGGUGCAAUGUGUAUGCCAGGCGGCAGUAAUUUCAUAUUUCCACGUUUCUACCGUCAUACAUUCGUUGUGGGUGUGGAUUCGUUCGAGGAUGCUACCAUAAUCAAAAUAUUUACAGCAAUCGGCGAUUGGCAUUUUUCCAAGGGCUAUCCUGAUAAGGUGGCAUUGCUCUCAAGGGGUCUGGCUGAAGCAAUGGUCAGUGUUUAUUGUUCAGCGAUGAGAAUAUUUUUACCAACUCCUGCCAAAUCCCAUUAUACAUUUUCACUACGUGAUAUCACCCGUGUGUUUCAGGGUAUUGUAUUGGUGCCAGCAAAACGUCUCCAUGAUCCAGAAAAACUAGGACGUUUGUGGGCUCAUGAAACAUAUCGUGUUUUUUAUGACCGUUUAAUUGAUCAACGUGACCGUGAUCAACUACUCGAGAUGGUAGUUGGUGCGUGUAAAACUAAUUUACGCUUCUCUCUGGAGUCUGCAUUUAAAGACCGCAUGGAAAAUCCUGCUGGCAAAUUGACAGAUAACGACUUGCGCAAUUUAUUUUUUGGCAAUUAUCUCGAACCAGAUGCCGAACCGAAAAUUUACGACGAAUGCGAAAACUACAACAAAUUGGAGAAGCUAAUGCAUUAUUAUUUACGUGACUACAAUGGCUUUUCGAGCACACCCAUGGAUUUGGUAUUGUUCCGCUUUGCCAUUGAGCACAUAUCGAGAGUUUCACGAGUUCUGCAAAUGCCACGUGGCAACAUUUUGAUGGUUGGUAUGGGUGGCUCUGGGCGUCGCAGUUCGUGUAGGCUUGCAGCCCACAUUGCUGAUUGCAAGUUGAUGACGGUGCAAGUGACAAAAACGUACACCCAACAAGAUUGGAGAGAUGAUCUGAAAAAGAUAUUGAUGUCAUCAGGAUUCAGUAUGAAUCAUACGGUUUUCCUAUUUUCCGAUUCGCAGGCAACUGAUGAAGGCUACAUCGAAGAUAUCAAUGGAAUACUAAAUUGUGGUGAUUUACCCAACCUCUAUCAAUUGGAAGACAAGGCAACCAUAAUGGAGAACAUGACCAAUAUAGCCAAACAGCUGGGUAAAAAUAUCGAAUCAAUACCAAGUGAAAUGAACGCUUUUUAUAUUGAACGUGUACGUGAACAAUUGCAUGUGGCAUUGGCAUUUUCACCCAUUGGCGAAUCAUUUAAGGAGCGUAUUCGAAUGUACCCGUCUUUGAUUAACUGUUGCACUAUUGAUUGGUACAUGCCUUGGCCGGUAGACGCUUUGGAACGUGUUGCGGAAUAUUUUAUUAGUUCCAUGGAAUUGGGUCAGUCGCACGAUACAGAUGAAGCGGAAGCCAAUAAGUCAGUUGAAUCAAUCGAUUCCAAGGAGAGCAAAAAGAGUUUAGAGGAUGUCCACGAGAUUGUGCUGAGUGAUUUGGAAAAGGAAUUGGUAAAAUGUGUAAUGCAUUUCAAUCAAUCUGUUCUAGAGGCGAGCGAAAGAUGCUACACGGAAUUGGGUAGACGCAAUUAUGUCACACCCUCAUCCUACUUGGAAAUGCUGAAGGCAUUUAAAGCGUUCUACAUAAGGAAACUCGACGAGAUAACGAAAUUAAGGGACAGGUAUACAACGGGUUUGGAGAAGUUGGAGUUUGCUGCCGGUCAAGUGGGUGAAAUGCAGGCCAAUUUGUAUGAAUUGCAACCGAAGCUAAAAGUGUUGUCAGAGGAAACGGAAAAAAUUAUGGUAAAUAUUGAACGUGAAACAGCGGAAGCGGAAAAGAAAAAAGAGGUAGUGGGUGCCGACGAGGCAGCGGCCAAUGAGGCUGCCGCAGCAGCCCAGGCCAUUAAAGAUGACUGUGAAAGUGAUUUGGCUGAGGCAAUACCAGCCCUAGAGGCAGCAUUGGAUGCUCUCAACACUUUGAAACCUGCCGAUAUUUUUGUAGUUAAGUCUAUGAAGAAUCCCCCGUACGGCGUUAAAUUGGUGCUGGAGGCUGUAUGCGUUCUGAAGGGAUUGAAGCCGGAUCGUAAACCUGAUGCUUCGGGUCGAAUGGUUGAAGAUUAUUGGGCUGCAUCAUUGCGCAUGGUUAGCGAUAUGAAAUUUUUGGAAUCUCUAAAGACUUUCGAUAAAGAUAAUAUACCGCCGGCAAUUAUAAAAAAGAUACGCGAGAAAUAUGUAGCUGAUCGCGAUUUCGUACCGGAAAAGAUUAAAUCAGCGUCGACGGCAUGUGAAGGUAUUUGUCAUUGGGUACGCGCUAUGGAUGUAUAUGACAAAGUGGCCCGAAUUGUUAUGCCCAAAAAAGCUGCCUUAGCCGAAGCCGAAAAUGAAUUAGCAUCUCAAAUGGAAAAAUUAAAUGCAAAACGUGCCGAAUUACAAGUCAUAUUGGAUAAAUUGCAAAAGUUAAACGAUUAUUUUGCCGAAAAGUCAAGACAAAAGAAGGGCCUAGAAGAUGAAAUCGAUAAUUGUGAAAAGAAAUUAAAUAGAGCUGAAAAAUUACUUGGUGGCUUGGGUGGUGAAAAGAUACGUUGGUCCGAAACUGCCCAUAAUUUACAUCAAUCCAUAAGCAAUAUCGUUGGCGAUGUUCUUCUAGCAGGUGGUUGUACAGCAUAUUUGGGAUUUUUUCCUACUGAGUAUAGAGUUCGAAUACUUCAAGAAUGGAAUGAUUUCUGCCGACAACGUAAAAUUCCUUGUUCGGAAAAGUUUUCGCUUGCAAAUACUCUGGGUAAUCCGAUGCAAAUAAGAGCCUGGUCAUUAGGCGGCUUACCUGCUGAUAAUUUUUCAAUAGAAAAUGCCAUCAUUGUAGCUAACUCCAGUCGUUAUUCCUUGCUAAUUGAUCCACAAGUGCAAGCCAAUAAGUGGAUUAAAAAUAUGGAAAAGAAGAACGAUUUGAAAGUCAUUAAGCAAAGCGAUAGCAAUUAUAUGCAGGUGCUUGAACUGGCUAUCACUUAUGGCAAUCCUGUAUUGAUUGAAAAUGUUGGUGAAAAAUUGGAUUCAAAUUUAACACCCAUUUUGGAAAAAAAUAUUAUUAAACACAAAGGCGGUUAUUUCAUAAAGAGUGGCGAUCAAAUGAUUGAAUAUAACAGCAAUUUUCGAUUAUAUAUAACAACGUGCCUUCGGAAUCCGCACUAUCCACCCGAAAUUAUGGUUAUGGUAACUGUAAUUAAUUUCAUGAUUACUGAACAAGGUUUAAGUGAACAACUAUUGGCCACCGUUGUCGCUCAUGAACGACCAGACUUGCAAGAGAAAAAGGAGCAAUUGAUUAUUGAAUCGGCAAAAAAUCGCGAUUCUUUGUAUACCAUUGAAUCGAAAAUACUGGAGGUUCUUUCAACAUCCGAAGGCAAUGUAUUGGAAGAUGAAAAUGCCAUUAAUAUUCUGUCGUCGAGCAAAGUUUUGUCGGAGCAAAUUCAAGAGAAACAAGUCAUUGCGGUGGCAACCGAAACGGAAAUUGACGAAGCACGACAACGUUACAUACCAGUGGCCAAACAUUCGGCCAUACUGUUCUUCUGCAUCAGUGAAUUGGCAAACAUCGACCCAAUGUACCAAUAUUCCCUGGGAUGGUUUUUCAAUCUCUUCGUUAAUGCAAUUCUAAAGGCGCCCAAGUCAUCGCAGCUGGACGAACGUUUGGAACAUUUGAAUAAUUACUUUACGAAGUCCAUAUAUCAGAAUGUGUGUCGUUCGCUGUUUGAGAAAGAUAAACUAGUUAUAUCGCUGGUGAUGUGUUUGGGCAUACAGCUAUCGCGGGGUAAAAUAAAUAAAUCCCAUUUGCUGUUCUUUUUAACGGGAGGCGUUGGUCUACAAAGCAUUCCAGCUAAUCCAGCAUCGUCAUGGCUGCCUGAAAAGGCUUGGUUUCAAAUAGUUCUUGCCAGCAACUUGGAUGGAUUGCAAGGUUUUUACAAAAUCUUUCAAUCCGACAUUUCUGCAUGGAAAACAUAUUAUGAUCUGCAAUCGCCCGAAGAAGCCAAAUUUCCAUCACCAUACGAUAGCAUUGACGAAAUGUUGGGUUUAAUAAUACUCAAAUCACUGAGACCGGAUAAGGUUGUGCCAGCAGUAAGGUCCUUUAUAACUCGUAAUAUGGAUCGCUCCUUUGUGGAACCGCCUCCAUUCGAUUUGGAUGAAUCGUUUGCUGAUAGCUCGCCUAGGAUACCUUUGGUGUUUUUAUUGUCGCCUGGUUCUGAUCCGAUGUCCAGUCUUUUUAUGUAUGCCAAACAACGGAAUAUGUACGACAAAACAAAGAGCAUUUCAUUGGGCCAAGGACAAGGACCACGUGCUGAAAAGAUGAUAAUCGAAGCCAAUCGCCAUGGACACUGGGUGGUUUUGCAAAAUUGUCACGUAGCUGUAAGCUGGAUGGGAGAAUUGGAACGCAUUUGCAAUGACAGUACACUGGCCGAAUCCGCUCAUCCAGAUUAUCGUUUGUGGUGUACAUCAUAUCCCAGUUCCGUUUUCCCGGUAUCGGUUUUACAAAAUUCUGUAAAGAUGACAAACGAACCACCCAAAGGUCUCAAAGCCAAUAUGCAGAGGUCAUUCAAUUCGGAUCCGUUGGUGCGCAGUAAAUUCUUCAGCAAUGCAUUUGUUCAUGUUGAAACAGCCAAUAAAUGUUGGUUGCGUGGCGUAUUUGCAUUGGUCUUCUUUCAUGCUGUUGUCCAAGAACGUCGUGAAUUUGGCCCACUUGGCUGGAAUAUACCGUAUGAAUUUAGCGAAGCGGAUUUGAAAAUUUCAUUGCUCCAGCUGAAGAUGUUUAUAGCCCAAAGCCACAGCAUUCCGUUUCGUGGCCAUGUCUAUCUUACGGGUGAAUGUAAUUAUGGCGGUCGUGUAACCGAUGACAAGGAUCGCCGUUUAAUCUUAUCAUUACUGAACAUGAUCUAUAAUCCCGAUACUAUUGAUGUUGACAAUUAUCAACUAUCACAGUCUGGUAACUACAGGAUACCUCUAAAUCCAACACGUGUCAAUGCCUUGGAGUACAUAAAAACUUUUCCCUUAAGCCCUCAUCCGGAAGUUUAUGGCUUGCACGAAAAUGCCGAUAUAAAUCGCAACAACAAGGAAACGGAUGCUCUAAUACAAGGUGUUUUGAAGACACAAACGGAUCUUAUGGCUUCGGUGAAAACCAGCCGCAGCGGUGAUGGCCCAAAAGUCGAUCCAGCCUUUGAAAUAUGCACAGACAUAUUGUCACGUUUGCCUGAAGCAUUCAAUGUGGACGAAGUUGCAGAAAAAUACCCAGUUGUCUAUACAAAUUCAAUGAACACUGUAUUACGACAGGAGCUGAUAAGAUUCAAUCGUUUAUUGGAAUAUAUACGAAAAAGUCUUCAAAAUGUACAAAAAGCUAUACAGGGUCAAAUAGCAAUGAUACCCGAACUAGAGAGAACUCAUCGUUCUAUGGUUAUUGGAAAGUUACCGAGUGAUUGGCUGAAAAAGAGUUAUCCCUCAUUGAAACCAUUGGGUAGUUAUAUUACGGAUUUUCUUGCCAGAUUGGAAUUCUUUCAACGUUGGAUAGAGGAGGGGGAGCCAAUCGUCUACUGGCUGUCCGGAUUUUAUUUCACUCAAUCGUUUAUGACUGGUGUAUUGCAAAAUUAUUCUAGAAAGAAUAGUUAUCAGAUUGAUAUGGUGAAAAUUGAUUUCGAAGUUACUCAAUAUGAAAUGGAAGCCGAUGAAGAGCCAGAACGUGGAGCAUAUAUACGGGGUCUCUUCUUAGAGGGUUGUCGCUGGAAUCGUACCGAACAAGCUCUGGAUGAAUCGUUUGCGAAAGUUCUCUUCGAUACCAUACCCGUUGUUUGCCUUUUGCCAACAUUGAAAAAUGAUGAAACGACCAAAGAUAACGUUGAUAUUGGUCGAGAUGGGAAGCAUAUCUACGAAUGUCCUGUAUAUAAGACAAGUGAAAGACGUGGUGUUCUCUCCACCACUGGCCAUUCGACAAAUUUCGUAAUGUAUAUGGAUUUACCAUGUACCAGGAAUCAAAUGCAUUGGAUAAAUCGUGGAGCAGCUUCAUUGUGUCAAUUAGAUGAUUAA